AUGCGUCUUACUUCGUCCAUAAUCUUGCUUACCCUGUCCGCGCUCGCCAGUGCUGCGAACCUUCAACCACCCGUAAAUCGUACCGCGGGUGCGCAUACUCAGGUGCAUUGGGAUGUGUCGCCUAACGACCGCGAGGAGUCAUGGACACUGUUCCUCAUGGACCCAGCCUAUGCAUUUGGGCUAUAUGCCAUCCUCGGCACAGAGAUUCAAAACAGCUUGGGUGUAGUAGACGUUGUGCUACCUGUUGGACUGGAUCCCAGCAAAGAUUACAUCUUGAAAUCUGUGAAAAAUGACUGGGUCGACUAUGUUCUUCAGGAAAGCCCUAUCUUUCAUAUUACAGCAGCAUAA